AUCUACCUCUAGGUCGCCGUCAUAGGCUCUGUCUCAGUCUCCUUUGGGCGGGUGCUUUUUUUUUCUUUUUCAAGUGGCCGAGUUGGGGGGACCGCACACCCCACAGCAUUCCCCACAGCAGCCUGGGGCCUGCAUCAUCACACCGAAGCUGCCGUCGGGGUCUUGUUUGCUUGCGGCGCGUCCAAAAAAUCGAGGCACGACCAACCGAGGGGCAGUCGCGUCAUUGUCUUGAAGGAAAGACAGGGCUGAACUGCCCCCCUCGGACACUCUCCCUUUCGGCGCGCCCAGCCUGGGAGCGAUACAAGAACACAAGGACCAGGCCACCAAACGCACGCGCGACGAAUGCCAACCGAAGCCGUCCUCCAGUAGUCGACAGUACCAGCCACAGACAACACGCAGACACAAUGAUGGGCACACGGAGCGCCUCCGGGCCGCAGGUCCCGUCGCGGGACGACUUCCUUAAGCUGCCAGACGAGCAGAAGACGCAGGUUAAUGAUGCAUUCAACGUUUUCGACGUCGACAGAGACGGCCGCAUCGACUACCACGAGUUCCGCUUCGCCCUGCGCGCGCUCGGCUUCGACCUGCCCAAGCCCGACACGUACGCGUUCCUGACCAAGCACGCGGUGCAGCCCGUCAACUGGGACCCUAGCCGGGAGUGCGGCCCCGUGUUCCGCGAGUUCACGCUGCCCAUCUUCCAGGCCAUCGCGGGCACCCUGAUAUUCCACCGCGACCCGGUCGAGGAGUGCCGGCGCGCCUUCCGGUUGUUCGACAGCAGCGGCCGCGGCAUGAUCACGGUGGAGGACCUGAGGCGCGUCGUGCAGGACAUUGGGCAGAACAUCGAGGAGAACGAGCUGAGCGCCAUGAUCCGCGAGUUCGACUCGGACGGCAAGGGCGGCGUCAACGAGGACGAGUUUGUACGCAUAAUGAUGCGCAACCGGGCUUAGCAAUCGCACUCGACUCCCCUUUUGCUUACUUGGUGCUCGAUAUAUCAAACAUCUGGGACCUCGUCUAUUUUGGUUGGGAGCCUUGGUACUUGAAUGACUGUUGCAUUUCUGCCUUUCGUCUUU